UCGAAUCCCAGUCAGUAUGUCAUGCCUGUUUACAACUGGCUGACUGUAAAAUUAUCUAAUCACAUAUUUACUGUGUAUUUAUGUACAUAUUCAGAUUGUCGAAUCAGGAACCUAACUUACAAUUUUGAGAGAGUGAGCCAGCAGUGGGGUGUUAUUAUGUACCUGCAGCUGUGAUUUGAAGGCUAUGUGCAGGUUGUCAUCUCUUCCCCUCGGCAGAGCUCUGAGGAAAGAAGAGUUCAUCAAGAGGAAUAUCCUGCUCCAGUGGAGCACAGCAACCCCUGUCAAACACACACACACACACACACACACACACAGGGGUGCUUAUGUAAAUUGGUAAGUUUCGGAGUCAGGGUGGGAUUCCGACAUCGCUGUGUGGGGAGACACCGAUGAAAUCCUCACGCUUUUUUUGCCCAGUGUGUCUUGAGACUGAGAGAGCACAGGAGAACAAAUGAUCAGCAUACACUUUCUGACCAAGUCCCCCGUUCUUACACUGCACAUGACUUUAUCAGAUUAUGACAUAACUUGGUAAUUUAACUGAUUUUUAAAUGUGCUGGGCUGAAUCCUUUUUUUGAAAAAAAUAUCUAUUGCUGUUAGUGAAAGGAAAGGGCAACUUAAAUUGUCACAGUAUUACUGUAUUAAUGAUCAAGUGGUGUUAUUUCUGAAGUUAAGGCACACACUUGUUAUUUCAUAUUUGUGUCUUUCCAGGUGAGCUCGGCGCAGUCUAAUGGCAUCAUUACCAGUUCAACACCCUCUCGUAAACUACACCCACCUGCGCUAAAGGUCCGCAAGAGCGGGAUCCAUGAGGCCAUGAAAGCCAUCGGCCUCUGCCACAAUGGUAAACCAGUGUACGAAUCCCGUGUUAACGGUGCCAGCGCGGAGCCAGAGAGUACAGAGGCCGACCAGGACUUCAGAGACGACAACCGCACUUACCAGACUCCAGUCCUGAUGAGAUACCUGACGUCCCUCCAGCUGAAGACCCCAGCCGGACACAUCUUGACCUAUUACAUCCUCCAGAUCCUUCCCUUCACCUCUGAGAGCAAGCACAUGGGCAUUAAUGUCAGGAUGUGUAUCCAACUACAAGUGUGCAAGUGUGUUUGUAUGUGUUCAGAAUUACAUAUUUCCCUCAUUUCAAACACUGUAAAAACAUCUGGAGAGAAUAUGAAUGCCCCUCUUUAAUUUGGCUUUGUGUCCUUUAGCCUUUGUUGAGUGAGCUAUUAUAUACUUCAGGACUCUGUGUAUUUGAGUGUUCUGUGAGUGAGUGAUGUUUGCUGUAUCGUUUGUCUGUCUGUUACAGUGCAUGCAUAAGAGUAUUUGUGACCUAAGCUUUUUGUGAGAUUUUGUGUUCUACGUUUGGACAUGGUAAUGGCUUAGACAUGAUUUGGAUUAUAUAUUUUUAAGUGUUCUGUAUUGAAUUGACUGUUUCAGGAGGAGGCUCGCGGCGACAUCACGUAUUACAUGAAAGGGGCUGAUGUUGCCAUGUGAGCAUUGUACAGUACAAUGAUUGGCCGGAGGACGAGGUGAGAAUGCAUGUACCAUUGUUGAUGAGAAAAUCGGCAUUCUGCUUUUUUAUGUGGGUUGGUGAGCUUAUGAAUAAAUCUAAUUUCUGUUUCUGUGACCCUUCUUUGCAAUUGUUUUUGUACCUGAUUAAUAAUCUUUGUGUGUGUGUGUGUGUGUGUGUGUGUGUGCGCGCGCGUUUGUGUGUCUAACUGCAGGAAAAAGCAAUCAAAUUUUUGUA